GCAAGCGAGUAAACGAUGUCCUUUAUGGGGUUCCGUAGUUAUUUUAUGAUGAGCAACUUUCACAUUGUCAGUUAUGAGCGAUAUACAUUUGCAGAUUGAGAGAAGUUAAUGUAACGAGUCUAAUUAUUUAACCAGUUUCUCCUCCAGAGCAGAGAUGAGUGAUAUCCGGCAUGCAUUGCUGCGGCGUGAUCCGCUGAGCGCGGCUAAAGAGGUUCUGUAUCAUCUGGACAUCUCACUGGGCAGCGCCCUGCAGAGCUCCACGGGCCCCACGCCUGGACUAGAGAAGAGCACGGUGGAUCUGGUGGAGGAGUUCAUCUUUCACGUCUCUAAAGACAGGAACAUCCAGCCUAAGAGAAUGAGCUGCGUUCAGGAAUUGCAGCUGCUGGAGAUCAUGUGCAGUUACUUCCAGGAACAGAGCAAAGACGCAAUCCGACAGAUCAUUUUCUCUGCCCUCUUCAGUCUUCAAGGCAACAAGGCUGAUGAGAGCCGCAUGGCCAUGCUUGGGAAGCUAGUUUCAAUGGCCAUAGCCGUGUGCCGGGUGCCCAUACUAGAAUGUGCAGCUACUUGGCUACAGCGCACACACUCUGCGUGGUGUGUGCGUUUGGCUCAGGUGCUGAUGGAUGAUUACUGCACACUGGUGCCAUGUGCCAUCUCUACCCUGCAAAACAUCUGUUCAGCCAGUCCUCGCUUUUGUUGUCAGCUCAUCACCGCAAUAACGGCUCUUUACGACUUCUCCUCAGAUGAGUUGACUCCGCCCCCUGCGCUCUUGGAGAUGCUGGUUGGUUGGAUCACAGAAGAUCCCAGACUGCUGCUCCUCACCUUUAUCAACACGCCCCUAAACUCCAGCCUGCCAUUAGGCUGCCUUGAGAUCACGCCUCUUUUGGGUCUGCUCCGGUGGUGCGUGAAAGCUCCGUUAGCCUAUCAGAGAGGCCGCAAGUCAGCUUUGACCAAUGGCCAUGGAGAAAAUGAAAAAGGCACAGCAUACGAAGAGCUGUACUCUAAAUUACACUUGAGCGUUCUUCAAGUCUUUCUAAUGCUGCAGGUCCACCUGACGGAACAGAAUUUGAUUGGUCGACUGGCUGUGCUUCCUGUGGAGUCUGUUGCCACGCUGGUAGAGGAAGUCAGCCGUCUGUGCGAGAAGCUCAUGUCCCUCCCUGCUGCCAAUCAUAUCCAGCUAGCACUGGAUAGGCUGGCGCAAGCUCUUCAGGUCGCCAUGGCAACAGGAGCUCUUCUGUGUGCCAGAGAGGACCUACGGACUCUGUGCUCCAGACUUCCCCACAACAAUCCAUUGGUGCUUUUCCACUGUGUGGCAUGGCAUGGCGCAAUUCAGGAAAGCUCACUUUUCGUGGGUUUUCCACUGCAUACAGUACUUGCUCGUGAUCCAGUAGUGCAGCCUCCACCUCACAGCGGACCCUUCCAGCCCAACAUGUACCCGCACAUCCACCCGGGUCGGUCCUCCACUCUUUCUCCCCACAGCCCGCACCAGUCGGCCCUCCCCUCCCCACACAGCCCACACCCCGUACUGUCGGCGCACCCCACACACCCAGCGCUGUCCCCACAUCGCCCGCUAACGGCCCACGCCGCACACCCUUCUCUCUCUCCACACGCCUUCCAUCCUGCUGCCAUGUCCUUUCCGUACCGGCCCAUUCGUUAACCAGCAAUACAGGACUUUUGGACUACUUUGCUUCUUCUUGGGAUGAGAACAAACAAUUUUUGUUAUAUUUUAUAUUAGAUCUUCAAAACGUUUGGCUUGGUCCGGUUACAUGGUCUUGUGUAUCAUAAAUUGGGAUAUGCUUUGUAUAAUUUUAGGUUUGAUAAUGGACUUUAAAAAGAGCUUGUACAGAUUAAGUGUUUCAGGUAAAAAAAAAGGAAAAAAGCAGUCAUACCUUUUAAACAAUAAUAUUGUACAAACCUUGAAAUAUAUUUUUGGAAAAGC